GUCCUCCGAGACGUACUGUCAGAGACAGAAGAGGAAAAGAGACACCCCACUCGCUGUAUUUUCCUGGUUCAAUUAAUGUCAAUGAACUAAGUAGACCCGACCAGGCCCAGCUGCAAUCGCAUUGGAGUCUGAGAGACGCACCCAGUUAAGUAGACCGGAACUGACCAUUUGUUUCAAUGGUAAACGGCUUGUGUGAACUAUCUUCAUUUAUCCACCAUCUUUGUUACUGUCUGCUGCUCUUCCAUCGGAAAAGAUGGCUGCCUCGGCAGCAUCGGAGGGUUCUACCCCCGGUUUAUGCCCAAGCUACGCCGUGAUAUGCUCUUUUCUAGAGCGGUAUGGAACCUUGCUUGAUUUACCGGAGCUUACAUUUCCACAGUUGGAGCGAUAUCUUCAAGACACAAUCUCAGUUCCAAAGAUCUUGGUGGACCUUCACGUGAAGUUGUUGAGGAAGAUUGGCAAGUCAGUGUCCGCAGACAGAUGGGAGAAGUACCUUGUGAAGGUGUGCCAUGAGUUCAACAGUACUUGGGCAUGGGAGCUUGAAAAUAAAGGAUACAGGGACAUGUCUGUGGAGUACAAGACUGGAAUCCUCAAACAUUUGUGUGAAUGCCAGUUUGAUGACAAUGUAAAGUUCAAGACAGCAAUCAAUGAGGAGGAUCCUGAUCAGAUGCGGCUUCUCCCCAUUGGCAAGGACAAAGAUGGCCUGAUGUACUGGUUCCAACUUGACCAGGACAAGAAUGUGAGGGUCUAUGUGGAGGAGCAGGACGACCUGGACGGGUCUUCCUGGAAGUGCAUUGUCAGAGACAGAAACAGCUUGGCUGAGAUCCUGGCACUGCUAAAGACUCAAAUCGACCCAGCACUGUUGACAAAGAAAGAAGGAGAGGAGGAAGAUGAGGCGAAAAAAUAUACUGGGGGAGAAGGGGAAGUUAAAAAGACAGAGGAUACCUCAGAGGAUGAAGAGGACAAACCCUCCAAGGGAACAACUUCUUUAGUCUCUCCAAAAACCGAGAUUACAGAAAAAGAGGAAUCACAGCUAGACGAAUCAGAUGCCAAAUCCUCAUUGAAUGGCCUCAAAGAUGAGUCAGAGUCAAAAAGCCAAUCAGAGGAGCCUAUGGUGGAUGACAAGGUCAACAUAAACACCCGGGCCAUCAAAGAAGAGCCAAUGGAGGUGUCAGAAUCCAAGGAGAGCACAGCCACAAAUGCUACAGAGCCUCUUGCAGAGAAACCCUGUCUGACAUCACAAACAGAACAGACAGAUGAAGCCAAGAGGAAGACUGCAAAUGAACUCCAAAGGGCCAUGAAGAAUGACCAGCAGGCCAAAAUCCCAUUGAAAAAGAGAGAGAUGAAACUUUGUGAAAAUGUUGAUAAUAAUAGUGGCGGUGGCAGUAGUAUCUUUGUGCGAAACCCAUCUGUUGCUCCUGUCAAAGAAACUCCUGAAGUUGAGGAGACAAGUAAAGAGAUCUCUGAUGCCCCGGUGGGGACGAUAGAGUGUAUAAGUGAUCAAAUGAAUGGUGAUGCUCAGCCUACAACAGAAAAAAGCGUCAAUAAUGGUUUAAGAGACUCUGUUGAUGGCAAAAAACAGCAAACAAAAGCUGCUGCUGGGGAAGAACGUGAAGCUAGUGCAAAAGAGAAAAUAAACCUGGACAAGGAGAAAGAGGAGAUGGCAAGCAACACUGAGGUGGCCAUGGCCAAUGAAACAAGUCUACAGAAAAUGGUUCCAGCAGAAAAGGAAAGCACUGAAGAUUCAGAGGAAGUAAAAAAAUCUGCCUUGAAAGAGGCUAAAUCUCCGUCCCCUCUAAUGACAAAGCCAUUGACUUCAUCUAAGGAUGCAACAAGCCCACCGGAGAAGCACUCUGAUUGUAAAGAGGAACAAAAUGUCAAGGUAUCCAAGUGGGAUCUAAAAGUGUGUCGUACAGAACACACGACCUAUACAUCAAUAGAAACCGAUGAAAACCCUUUGUCUAGUAAGUCACAGAAACCAGAUGAAACUAAAGGAACAGAUUCAUCCAUUACCUCUCAAGAGGUCAAGUCAGCUGUCUCUAAGGAAAUUGACAAAACAGUUGUCAAUAAGGGCGGUUAUCCCCUUUCUGUCGUGAAAGAUAUGGAAAAACCACCCUGCACAAAAGGUACAGAAAAGUGGUCAAACCCUAAAAACCCAGAAACCUCAGUCAUUACUAAACAAACCGGGAGACCUGACCCAAUUACAGAGAAACCAGACUACUCUAAAUGCAUAAAGAUGCCAACAGUCGUAAAAAAUACAGAGAAACCACCCGACAAAGAGGGUGUAGAGAAAUGUGAUGUUUCUAAAGAUAUCAAAACUUCUGUAAUUAAAAAGACAGAGCUUUCAGAAAAGAGUAAAGAUGCUGAGAACCUGGCCAUCUCUCAAGAGACCAAUACGUCCUCAUUCCUUAAAAAGGCAGACAAACCAGUUUCCAAUAAAGAAGCAGAGAAACUGGAGAGCAUUAAAGAGACUGAUAAAUCGUUGGUCAUUAAAAUGACAGUGAAACCAGAGGCAUCUAAACAUACAGAGAAAUGUGAUAACCCUAAAGACAAUAAAAUGUCAGCUGUCACCAAGGAGAAACCUGCUGUAGGCAUAGAUGCAAAGGCUGCCGCUGAGGUGAAUAAAAAAGCUGUCCUGGAGGAAGAUUUCUCAGCGUCUAUCUGUAAAGAUGAAAUGGGAACUGUUGCUAAAGCAACUAAGACACAAUCUGGACCAAAAGACAUGGAGAUGGCAGACGUCUCUGAGAAAACAACCCAAUCACAACUGGGUGAACCCAAAAAGGUAGAGAAAUCGGCUACCCCUAAAGAUAUUGGGAAAUCGGUUACCCCUAAAGAUGCAGAGAAAUGUGCUACCCCUAAAGACACAGAGAAAUCUACUAAAUUGGUUACCCCUAAAGAUGCAGAGAAAUGUGCUACCCCAAAAGACACAGAGAAAUCAGCAAUGCCUAAAGAUACAGUGAAAUAUGCUAAAUCGGCAGCACUUAAAGACGCAGAGAAAUUGGCUACCCCUAAAGAUGCAGAGAAGUCUGCUAAAUCAGCUACACCUACCCCUAAAGAUGCAGAGAAGUCUGCUAAAUCAGCUACACCUACCCCUAAAGAUGCAGAGAAGUCUGCUAAAUCAGCUACACCUACCCCUAAAGAUGCAGAGAAGUCUGCUAAAUCAGCUACACCUACCCCUAAAGAUGCAGAGAAGUCUGGUAAAUCUGCUACACCUACCCCUAAAGAUGCAGAGAAGUCUGGUAAAUCUGCUACACCUACCCCUAAAGAUGCAGAGAAGUCUGCUAAAUCCGCUACACCUACCCCUAAAGAUGCAGAGAAGUCUGCUAAAUCAGCUACACCUACCCCUAAAGAUGCAGAGAAUUCUGCUAAAUCAGCUACACCUACCCCAAAAGUCGCUGAGAAGUCUGCUAAAUCAGCUACACCUACCCCUAAAGUCGCUGAGAAGUCUGCUAAAUCAGCUACACCUACCCCUAAAGAUGCAGAGAAGUCUGCUAAAUCAGCUACACCUACCCCUAAAGAUGCAGAGAAGUCUGCUAAAUCCGCUACACCUACCCCUAAAGAUGCAGAGAAGUCUGCUAAAUCCGCUACACCUACCCCUAAAGAUGCAGAGAAGUCUGCUAAAUCCGCUACACCUACCCCUAAAGAUGCAGAGAAGUCUGCUAAAUCCGCUACACCUACCCCUAAAGAUGCAGAGAAGUCUGCUAAAUCAGCUACACCUACCCCUAAAGAUGCAGAGAAGUCUGCUAAAUCCGCUACACCUACCCCUAAAGAUGCAGAGAAGUCUGCUAAAUCCGCUACACCUACCCCUAAAGAUGCAGAGAAGUCUGCUAAAUCCGCUACACCUACCCCUAAAGAUGCAGAGAAGUCUGCUAAAUCAGCUACACCUACCCCUAAAGAUGCAGAGAAGUCUGCUAAAUCAGCUACACCUACCCCUAAAGAUGCAGAGAAGUCUGCUAAAUCCGCUAUACCUACCCCUAAAGAUGCAGAGAAGUCUGCUAAAUCUGCUACACCUACCCCUAAAGAUGCAGAGAAGUCUGCUAAAUCAGCUACACCUACCCCUAAAGAUGCAGAGAAGUCUGCUAAAUCCGCUACACCUACCCCUAAAGAUGCAGAGAAGUCUGCUAAAUCCGCUACACCUACCCCUAAAGAUGCAGAGAAGUCUGCUAAAUCCGCUACACCUACCCCUAAAGUCGCUGAGAAAUCGGCUAAAAACACAGAGACUACCUCUAAAAAGAUUGUUCUAUCUUCUAGGGGACAGAAACCAGACACUGAAGAAACUGAGAAACUGGCAGACACAAAGCCAGUUGCAGAAAAAGGAGAGAAACUUGUCACCUUUCAGGACGCCAAGCAAUUACCCUCUCUCAAAAAGUCUGUCCCAGUGGAGGUGAAACAGGAGGAGCCUAUGGAAAUGCGUUCGGAAAAGUCAACACAUGACAACAUAAAGAUCAAGGGACAUGCUGAAAAAGGCUGGCCAAAAAAGGCUGUUAAAAGUGGAGUGAAGUCUGAGACCAACCCUAUCAAACACCCAAAGCCCAUGAACUGUGAUGCAUCAUCAGAAAAACAGGCUAUUAGUAAGAAGGCAUCAUCUCUCACUGAGGGUGAGACGGACAAAAGCCAGGACAAAGUAAUCAAGGAAGAUGCCACAACACAGGGAUUCCCCCCAAAAGAGGAUGGGAGUAAGCCUGAUCAUCCUAAGAAAAAUGACAAAAAGGAGGAUGAUGGAACUGAGAAAGAUGACAAAAAUUCAACGGUAGAAGAGAAAUUGGGUCAGGCAAAAGCAAGUGAGGGGUCUGAGGAAGAUGAUAACAAAGAGGAUGAGGACAAGGGUGAAAAAAAGGAUGCGGGAACAACAUCAGAGAUCCAAGAGGAGGGAAUUCGCCUGAAAAUACGCGGGAUUACCCACCGGAGGAGAGCUGAGCUCCAGAGAAAGGAGAGGGACUCUGGGUCAGAUACUGGUGAGACUGGGAGAUCCCUGAGGAGGUCACCCAGGAUCUGCAGGCCGACCGCUAAGGGGGUGGAGUUCCAGGACAGGAGGAUGGAGAAGAAAGAGGCCACACCCCCUGUAGAGAAGGGUGAUGAGGAGAAAACUGUUCAGAGGAAACCGAGAGAGAAGGUUGAUCAAGAUGGACUGUACAAAUCUAAGGGGCGACGGAGGAGAAAGACCCGGUGGUCCAACACUCGAACACAAAGGCGCAAAAAUAAUGAUUCUGGUGAAGACGACGAAAGUGAGUCGAGCGAAGAGGAGAGUGAGGAGGACAACAGUGAUGAGAGCUUUAAGGUGGAGAGGGGCAAGAGGAGGAAGAGGAACAGAGAGAGGCACAGCGACGAUUCUGACACCUCCUCGGAUGAUGACCUCCCUCCUAACGAUGACCCCUGUAAACACUGCGGCUUCCCCAACCAUCCUGAGCUGAUUUUGCUGUGUGACUCGUGCGAUAGCGGCUACCACACGGCCUGCCUCAGACCCCCUCUCAUGAUCAUCCCAGACGGGGAGUGGUUCUGCCCACCCUGCCAACAUAAGCUGCUCUGUGACAAGCUUGAGGAGCAGCUUACUAAUCUCGACGCUUCCCUGAAAAAGAGGGAGCGCGCCGAGCGACGAAAAGAGCGGUUGGUCUAUGUUGGAAUCAGUGUUGAAAACAUCAUCACUCCCUCGUUGGAGGUAGAGGAAGAAAGGGAGGAAGAGGUGGUGAAGAAGGAGAAGAAAGAGCGAACCAAGAGCUGGGGUCGAAGGUCCACAAGGGCAAAGAAAAGCAUAAGCUACAGGUUUGAUGAAUUUGAUGAGGCUAUUGAGGAGGCAAUUGAAGAAGACAUCAGAGAGGCUGAUGGUGGAGGAGCUGGUCGAGGCAAGGACAUGGCCAACAUCACAGGCCAUAGCAGAGGGAAGGACAUGUCCACUAUCCUGGCAGCAGGAGAGGGUGGCGAGGGCAAGGAGAAUGGGUGCCUACCGCGGCCCAACGCCAGCCAGCGCAGGAAGAAGCGCCGGCGUCUCAACGACCUGGACAGCGACAGCACUAUGGAGGAGGAAGAGAGCGAGGACGAGUUCCGUCUCAGUGACAGUACGGAGGAAGAGGAGUUUGUGGCGUCGGGGAAGAGCGAUGCAGAGAGCGAAGUGGCAGUCGACUCCAAUGACGACAGCGACUUCGGCAGCACACAACGCAGAACCGCCAGGACAAGGAGGCCAGCCAAACGUCAGAGGAGUGCUCAGCUGCGACGGCGCCGCACACCACGAAGGUACGCGGACGAUGAAGAGGAGACGAGUGAGGAAGAAAUGGUGUCAGAGGGCUCCAGCGAGUUCAGCGAUAGCGACCUGGACUGUAGCCGACGCCGAUCCCGCCGGAGUCAGACGACGAAGCAGGUCAACUACUGCGAGUCGUCCGGAGACUCUGACGGCUCCAAGGCCAACACAAACCGUGACAAAGUCAAACCGUGGCGGCGCCUCGCCAGUUCAGACAGCGAAGCGAGCUCCUCCAGAGGCUCCGAUGACAGCGAGAGGGAGAGGACUAGGUUAAAGAGGAGGGCCGACUCAUCCGAAAAAGAGUCCCAGCAGCACCGCAGACGACUUUCGCUGAAACGGCGGCGAGCCUCUGAGGAGGACGAUGACGACCACGAUUCCGAUGAAUCAUCGGAGGGAGAACGUCCUGUCCGCAAGCGUGUGAACCGCAUCGACUCGGACGACUCUGACAAGGAGGAGGAGAAGGAGACGAAAGAAACCAGGGAAGAGGAGGAAGGGGAAGUGCUGGGGAAGGGAGCCAGCCCGUUGGACUACAGCCUGGUGGAGCUGCAUCCCCCCACCAACGGACAGUGUCCCAUCAAGGCCCUAGAGGGCCUGGCUCACAUUGGGCCCCAAAAACCUGGGGCCACAGCUGUCGCCAUAGCGCCCAAUGGACUGGAGUUGGCACCACAGGAUGAUGAUGAGGAUGACCUGCUGGGAGUCACAGACCUGGUGGACUUUGUCUGCAACAGUGAUAUGUUGUAAAAACCCAAGUUGUACGUUUGUUCUUUUCUGUAGUAUUUUUUAAAAAUGUUUGUCCUGUCCUUAUUAUAAAAUUGUUUUAUUCAUCCUCCUUGUCCCCCCCAUUAGUAUGACCCCAUCCAUCCGUAUGAACUGGACGUCUUACGGGGGAAAGUUCAUUUUCUUCACACCUUUCGCAGUGUGAUUGUACAGUCAUUGAGAGCACUAACUCCGAAGGUUGUUAAGUGGCACGUUACUUUGCAUUGUCUUAUCCUCUGUACUCGGUCACCGAUGGACAUGUGGGUCAGACACUUGACCGUAAAUGACACACAAAUCAACCUACCUGUUUCUCCAGCCAACUUCCAGGGUUGUCUACUCAGGGGUCCAUCCACUACCCCCACAUACAAAGAGUCCAUCUCCCAAAUUCUUGGUUGUGUUCAUUAGGCCCCAAACGGCAGAAAACCGACAGACCGAGAGGGACUACCUUGCCUUGUCCAUUUAAGAAACGCUGAUUUUCUGUUGUGUGACCUAAUGAACAUGACCCAUGACUUCCUGUUCUGAGAGGCACCUCUCAGUAUUCCUGCCUGGCAAAGACAACAUUUUAUUGUAUGACAUUAAUUGUUUGUUGGUAGGAUGUAGAUGUGUAUUGUUGUUCAACAUUUUUAUGAGAAUAGAUGUCAGGGGUCAAACUGCAUUCCAUUUACGACUUAAAUUAACAUCGUUUUGUGGAUCAACUGCUGGAAACCAAUCGUUGUUUUUUCCCCCUGCUCUUUACUCCAUACUUUAAAUAUGAAUGUCUUUCACUUUUUAGAUAUUUGAAUUCCGCAUUUUAAUCCUCUUACAUCGAUCAAACUAUUUAUUAUUUGUUUUGAUGUGUUCAAUUCUAUUAGUCAUUUGUUUGAUAAGCUAAACCAUUACACAGGUUUCCCACUUUCUUUUAUAGACCAUUUAAAACAAGCACUGGAUGAAAAAGCAUGAGCAUAACAGUUUAAGUCAGAAUUCCCAUAGGAAAACAUGAUGCAGAACCAUUGUCAUCAUCAUGCUAGAAACAGCUUUUUUUAACUGACAGACUGGGAGACCAGACCCCCCAACCGAUCCCAUACUUUCUAGAAAAUACAAUCUCCAAAAGAGUGUUUCUCAUGGAUUUGGUUAAUUGUUUUUACCCAAAGUAUUGAAAUGUUGUACUGCAGCCUAUAUCCUGUUUUUAUUUUUAUCAAACGUUCCCAUCAAGUGGUAUUUUUAACCGUUUUUAAUUAUUGUUAAACACUAUUAAGGCAGCUAGCUCCUCAGUGCAUCACGCCAAAUUACAGGUGUCAUUUAAUCAACAUUAAAAUGUGUUAACUACCACCACAUUGACAAGACUUUCCUUUACAUGGAGGUUUGAGUGUAUUUAAUGUCACCAACUAGAGUAGACCAACCCUGAUCUUCUCACCUCUGUGUGCAUAUGUUUCUAAAAACCCUAGUUUAGUUUUUGUGUACGUAUAAAUAUAAUUUGUGUGCUGCCAACACUAUCAAUGGAUUAAAUGCCCAUGUUUUAGAAUUUUUUAUAUGCUAAUAUUCAAAGGGAUUUGUUAUGUACAGAAUUUUCUGCCAACUUUCUCUGUUCCUCUCAAUAACCAUGUCAGCAUUUUAACCAUUAUUUUACAUACGUUGUGUUUUUAUAAUGUAUAUCAAAUCAUCCACUUAUUGUUUUCCUCCUUAGCAAACCAAGUGGCUGUUUCCUAUGUACCUUCUUGUCGAUACUGUAUGUAGGUUCAAAACCUUGAAGUAAAGGUACUUACUGAGUAUACACCUAACUACCUGUCGUUGUUCAUCAACUUUUUUAAAUUUUUUUUAAAUAUAUUUUUUUAAAUGUCCCCUGGUCUUUUUCGGAACCCUCUGCCACCACCAGUGUUGAUUGUAGAGAACACUACCCUCGCUCUAGUCUUCCCUCUACAUCUUACUGCAUCAACUGGAGACUAAAUAAACCUCUCCGAUCUCAGAAAGCCUAUCCUUUGUCUGUUCUCAAAUAUGAGCUCAUUUUGGUUUUAGGGUUCCAUUUUGAGGUCAGGUUAAAUCACUGCCUUUCUGGGCCUAUGUUCAAGCAGUUUCUCAGAGUAGGACUGCUGUCCAUAUUAUUCAUAAUGAUCUAAAAUGCAACUGAUCAUAUAUCGGCACUCCUACUCUGAGACUGAAUACAGGCUCUGGCCUUGAAUCAAAAGAAGAUUAUGGAUAAACGGCAGGCUGGAUUCAUCUUUGUUAGGGAAUGAAAUACCAGAAUGCAACUUGUUUGGGGAAAUGGUUCAGACCAUAAAUUGACCUCUAAUGUUAGUGUGUAUAUCUAGUUUUUGCUGUAAUGUAUAUUUAGAGGCAUUUUCUUUUAUCAUGGAAAUAAAUAUAUUUGGCAAUUAUUUAUGAUUGCAUCUGUUUAUAAUAGUUUUCCUUGUAGAGGGGUUGUGAUAUUGGCACCACUUUUUUGUAAUGAAUUCAUUGGAUAUCUGGCAUGUUUGUUGGAUGUUAUUUUGUUAUGUGCAGAUGCGUUGGCCACCUUAAGGAUUUACAAGGUUCAAUAGUCACAGACCUCUACACUCUUUUGCUCAGCAGUGUUCCUUGUGUCUUGCUACUGAACAAGAGAGCAUGAACCAACCACUGGAGGCAAGGACGACACCUGGCAGGACUGAUGAGUUGUGUUCAGUAAGCAUAAAAUGGUAGAAAACAGAGUGAAAUGGGGAGGUGCUAACUGAACUUGUCCAAUAUGAAGCCCUUGUUUUAAUUUUCAGUUGUGCCCCAAUGAACAUGACCCUGGACACAAAGGUGGCCAUCGUCAGAAUCAUGGGAAAAGUUCAAGAUAAAUGCGCUCUAAUUAAGAAAUUAAGCCUGCUUGUAAAUGUGUCUUUUGUAAAGAAGUGUUGGCAUGUGUUCAUCACCAAUGGUAAACUUCUUAUUAGUCUUGGUUAAUCACACAAUGUUUUUAAUACUUCCGUGUGAAGGAAGAUUUCCGAGGCUAAUUAAAAAUCAUUUCUGAGCUGCCUGCAAUGCACUCCACUAACAUGAUAAUAUUGACUUGAGUUACCGCACCAUUAGUUGGACUGCCCCAAAGCGUCUACUGGCAGUUGCAUUGUGGGAAUCAUAUGCAAAUGACUAGGGUUAGUUUACCAUUGUUUUGGGAUGAAAAAAAUGUCUGAUGUAAUGUUUUCAAGAGAUUACGUUUAUCACCUGUAUUUCAUGAGUAUGACAUGGUGGACCUACUUCAUUUUAAAUGACAAAUCUGUUGGAGCAAAUGAUCACAUAAAGGUACACUAGUUGGGAGGGGCAGUCUGACACACAGGCAGUCCUCUGCCAGGGGGAAGUUGGUGCCAAUGAUUCAAAAGUGUUUGUUCCUUAUUAUUGUUUAUUACAGGUAGAAUUGGAAGACUGGGGAGACAACUAUACUGUAGGUCUGGUAUAUCAACAUUAGCUUGUAGAUUGGUUUUCUAUGUUUUGUCUGUUACUCUUCAAUACCUUUUUGUUAACUUUACUCUAUUUUCUUUCAUAUUAAUACGAUCUGUACAUUUGUCAUAAUAAAAAGCUUUUUUAAACAA